AUUUUGAGGAUCCAGACACAUCACCCAAUACCCAUUCUCAUAAAAAGUGAAAAAACCCUAAUCAAAUCCACCCAUGGCCGCCGCAGCACCGCCACCCGCACCAACUCCGGCAGCCACAUCAUUGCCGGAAACCGCCACACACCGUCACCCUGUGUUCACCCGCAUCCGCCUCGCCGUCCCUUCCGACGUCCCCCACAUCCACAAGAUGACAUACCAAAUGGCCGUCUUCGAACGCCUCACCCACCUCUUCGCCACCACCGAAUCCUCCCUCACCUCCACGCUCUUCUCUCCGGACAACAAACCCUUCCACUCCUUCACCGUCUUCAUCCUCGAAGUCUCCUCGAACCCCUUCACCGACACCCACUUCGACAACGACCCUUUCUACAAGCCCGUAACGAAAACCGUGCACUUGGAGCUCCCACUCGAUGACCCAGAGAAGGAAACGUUCAGAAAUCAGCUCGGGAAUGAGGUUUUCGUUGCUGGGUUUGUGCUGUUUUUCCCAAACUAUUCCACUUUUCUGGCGAAGCCUGGGUUCUAUGUGGAGGAUCUGUUCGUGAGGGAGUGUUAUAGGAGGAAGGGGUUUGGGAGAAUGCUUCUUUCUGCGGUGGCGAAACAGGCUGUGAAGAUGGGGUAUGGGAGAGUGGAGUGGGUUGUGCUUGAUUGGAAUGUUAAUGCUAUCAGGUUUUAUGAGGAUAUGGGUGCUAAAAUCUUGCAGGAAUGGAGGCUUUGCAGGCUCACUGGUGAUGAUUUGCAGGCUUAUGGAGGUUCUGAGUGAGAAACAAAAUAGGAAGUUGUGUUUUAAUUUCUGUGUUUCUCUGAAUCUGGGUUUGUUGUAAUUUAGCAACUUUGUUGUAAUUUGAGUUUCCAAUUUUCUAGAUGGAUAUGUUUCUGUUUUCCUGCUGCAGAACUAGCACUUGUACUGUUUGGAUGAGUAGUCUAUAAUCUAAAAUAAAAUUUCUGUUCA